AUGCUGAUUCUGGGGGAGAAGAAGAUUCGAUUUUCAUUGACAGCAGAGUUUGAGGAACGUCAGUGGUCACCUGGAGGUGUGAACAUCUUCAUCACUCCCCAGAGUGUGGAAUGGGGGAAGGAUGUCACAAAGUUAAAUCUCAGAAGGUCAUCUGAAAAACUUCAGAUUAUCAAUGCUUUUGGAAAUGCCAAGACAGCUCAUAACAACAACUCGAGUCGUUUUGGAAAAUUUAUUCAGGUGAAUUAUCAGGAGACAGGCACCGUGCGAGGAGCUUAUGUUGAAAAGUACCUCCUGGAGAAAUCAAGACUAGUCUACCAGGAGCACAAUGAACGGAACUACCAUGUAUUUUAUUACCUCCUGGCAGGAGCGAGUGAGGAAGAGAGAUCAGCAUUUCAUCUGAAGCAGCCUGAGGAAUAUCAUUACCUCAACCAGGACUGCUUUUCCGUGGAAGGGGAGGACCUGAAGCAUGACUUUGAGCGGUUGCAACUGGCCAUGGAGAUGGUGGGCUUCCUUCCCAAGACUCGAAGGCAAAUUUUCUCUCUCUUGUCGGCGAUCCUGCACCUCGGUAACAUCCGUUACAAAAAGAAGACUUACCGAGAUGACUCCAUUGAUAUUUGUAACCCUGAAAUACUACCUAUUGUGUCGGACCUGCUGGAGGUGAAAGAAGAGAUGCUGUUUGAGGCCCUGGUUACCAGAAAGACAGUGACAGUGGGAGAGAAGCUGAUCCUACCAUACAAACUAGCAGAG